AUGUAAUUAGUUAGAUUGACUACCAAAGCACAUACGCCUAGGAACGUUCCUUUGAGAUCUCCAGAAAAAACUUAACCCAUUACUCUUCAAUUCCCAAAUUACAUAUUCUUGGGACCCACAGAUAACAUAAAGAUAGUAAAAUUUACGAAGAACAUAUUAUCAUCAAAUAUCAAGCAAAUUAGAUCGAAUUCGCCUAGCAAAGAUUAAAACAUAAGUUUUAGUAAACAAAUUAGUGAAAGUAAGACAAAGCAUCAAAAAACUUCAAGUGUUUAAAUAAUAACUUAAAGUCCUGACCUUUUUGUUAAAUUAAGAUCCCAAAACAGUACUACUAAUAAACUGAGCAACAUAACAGCUUUGUAGACAUCAUCAACAAAACAUAAACAUCACCGAUCCGAAUUGACUCAAGACACUUGCAGCGAGUAACCAAGCACUCCCACUUUAACAGUUCCAAUAUUAAAAUAUGUUGAACACUCUGGCAAUAUGUCAUAAGGACAGAUGUUUAAUAAAUCCAAUAAACUGGUAGGCUCUAUUACAUUUUAGAAUGGUUUGUAUUACGUAGGAGAGAUGGUCAAAUUUCAAGAUGUUCUAACCAUAGAUGGUUCAGGCACCUUAUAUACUGACAACUCAAAAUUUUAUGUCGUGUAUGAGGGCAGAUGGAAAAACAAUUGUUUUCAUGGCAGAGGCAAAUACUACAAUCAGUAUCAGAUUGAAUCUUCAAAUGAUUGGCAUUUCAACUGGAAGAUGAUUCAAGCAAUAUUCAACAAGGGUGAGAUUAUUGAAGGCAAAAUUGAUUUCUAUUUGAAUGAAGACAGCAUUGCACAUUAAAUUGAAUAUUCAAAAUGA